AAUAUGUACCCGUAAGUGUAUAAGAUACGCAAAACGAGGUGUAUAAAAAUAGACAGUACAAACGGCAGAACCCCGCUCCUAGGAUGACUUUCAAAUCGAAGAGUUGUGCUCACCGCGUAUUAGUGAAGGAUUAAAGAUGGGACAGUGCUGCUCGACACGACGCUACAGAAUGCUGCGGAUCUUUCGACGUAACAAAGAUAACCAAGGUAAGGCAGGUACAAGCCAUAAACGUGGAGAACCAGACGGCAGCGAGGAAGCUGCAGCUAUCAAGAAAACCAAGAAAUCUGAAAUUACAAAACACGAUGUGGAAGCAGGCGUGACAUAUCACGAUGAUUAUGAUGAUGAUGAAGAUGAUGAUGAAUCGGAUGUUGACGUCUAUCCUGCCAAACAAAAUGAAGAAGUGUAUCCUUCAGGAGAAGAAGAUAACAAAAGAAAUUCAUACAAAGAAUCUACUUUACACGAACAUUUACGACAAGGUACUUCGAGGUGACGUGAACACGUUAAUACCAAAACUUGCAAAGAUGGUGAAGAUUGUAGUUGUCACACUCCAAGAAGAUAUGUCAGAAGAGAAGUUUAUCUUAGAGGAAAGAAUAUUUCCUGACUUGAAAAGAUUUUGUCGUGAAUAUAACCACGACGUUCAUAUAGUGGAGAUUGACAUUGAAGCUGAGCAGUUUUCGUAUAUGGAUUGGAAAGAAGAAAUUGAAACAGCUCACAAAGAAUCUUCAGGAAUUGGCUUUAUUGUUCUAGUUGGUCAGAACUUUGGCGAAAAAUUUCUUCCUGAGAAGAUCGAUGUCAAAGACUAUGAAUUGCUCAUGGAGAUCAUACCGAACAAUCACGACGCAAUACGAAGUCUCUACGAGUUAGAUGCUAAUCAAAUACCGUGUUACGUUCUCAGAAAUACAUGCUUUGAGCAGCCAAACGAAAGAAUUUCUGAAGCUUCACAAUUUGUGUUGGACAUGAUAGAAGAAAAACAAUUCAAACUGAAGUGUGAGCAACGUUAUAUUUUCAAUGCGUUAUUACAAGCUGCGUCUCUUGGUGCCGAACUGUCUAACCAAGGCUCAAGAGCAUUGUGGGUAGAGAAGAAAGUUUCCCAACAAAAUGAAAGUUUUGAAGAGCAAAGCAACGACGAUAAAGCAGAGUUACAACUGGUCCGCCAAAAGUAUCGCCAUCAAAAUGGCAGUGUUGUAACUUAUGACGAGUUUGCUAAACAUGACAUACUGAAACGAAAUCACUUUCACCAAACUGUUCUCGACACCAUCAAGGCAAUGCUUGAUAAGAAUAACGAAUUGUCACCCUGUUCUAACACCAACGAUAUUCAUUACAAAGAAGUUGCACAACAUUUAUUAAAAUGUCAAGAGAACAUUAAAAAUAUUGACGAAGGAUCUCACAGAACCAUUCACAUCCAAACACGUAUCAAUAAAUAUAUUAAAGGGAACACAACAACUCCUUUGAUUCUGCAUGGAUCACCCGGAUGUGGAAAAAGUACAAUGGUGUCUAUGACGGCAAAGCUCUUGAGUGACAGCCCAGAACAAGACACAAUACUCGUUACCAGGUUCCUCGGUUCUACACGUUUUUCGAGCCAGCUGAGACUUUUGUUAAGAAGUUUGUGCUUUCAAUUGUCAAGAGUAUUCGGUUAUGAAGACAAAAUUCCUGAGUUUCCAAGCGAUUGUAAAAUGUUCAACAGUCAGCUUCACAACGCUACGCGAGGAAAACAAAUCGUCAUUAUUCUUGAUGGUCUUGACGAGUUACCAAAAUCAAACCUAAAAUGGCUACCGCAUGAAUUACCUGACAAUGUAAAAAUAAUUCUAACAGCAUUGACAAACGGUGGUUAUUACAACGGCCUAAAGGCCACAUUUGAAGAAGCAUCAGAUCACUUCGUUGACGUGUCAGAGAUGGAAAAAAGUGAAGCUAAAUCAUUGCUUUCAUCAGGAUUUCAUAACAUUGGCACAGAACCUGCAAAAGAAUUGGAAAUUCGGUUACUGAAAGCUGCAGAAAAAUAUCCCAACCCCCUCUACGUUCACCUUUUGUUGCAUUACAUUCGCCUGAAGAGGACGCUGACCGAUUUUCCUGGAAGCAACGUAGACUCACACCUCCCAACGUCAUUAAAACACGUGAUUGAACUAUACUUUAACACCGUGGAGAAGAAAUAUGGCAAGCCGACCAUUCAAAGGAUUAUGGGAUAUUUAUCAGCCGCUCGCUUUGGACUUAGCGAGCGCGAGUUAGAUGAAAUACUUACACGCGAUCACAUCUCUGGGAAGGCGCCAGGAUUUAAUGUGAGGCCCUUUCAGCUAGCAAGAAUUCUUCAUGAUCUAUCUCCAAUAUUGACGAAAGUUUAUUUUGAUGGAAUGUUGAUUCUGACCUGGCGUCAUCUUAUAAUUCGUUACUUACUCUUUGAUCGAUAUCUCUCCAGUCAUGAACACAGUCUUAAGUUCGCCCAUCGAAGUCUUGCCCAACAUUAUGCUGGGAAGCGUACAAAGGGUUCUUCCGAAGAUCCACUCAUCGUUAAUCGUCGACUUCACGAUCUGCCUCAUUAUCUAUGCAAACUAGGCGACAUUGAAGAGCUUAAAAACCAAGCUUUAUGCAAUUUUGUUUUCAUCCAAGCGCAGCUGACUGCUACUAGUAUUGAUUAUGUACUGAAUGUUUUACUGGAAAACAGUCCUAUGGAUCAAGAUUUGAAGAUGAUCGUAGAUGCGUUAAGAAUGUCUUCUGAUGCUUUGCAAAUUGAUCCCCAUCAACUUUCAGCUCAACUAAUAGGAAGAUUGACAGAUCUUGCUUCGUCAGACCAUAUUACCCGUCUCCUAAAUGACGCUCGAAAAUUUUCACAAGGUCUGGUACCUAAUACAGGAUGUCUAAAUCCUCCUGGAACGAAACUUCUGCAUACCUCCACAGAGUUGUACGGACCAACCGAUCUAACCACGGAUUCAACAUUGGGUUUGUCGACAUCGAGAAAUACCGUUGCAUUAUGGGACGUCAGAAGUGGUGAGAUCAUCAGAACAAUGUCAAUUUCUCGCACUGUAAAACGGCUUCUUUUCUGUAGAAAUAAUCGUUUGUUCAUUUUGGAUACCGGUGAAAAUCUUGAUGUCUAUGAAACGAGCACGUUCAAAAACGUGUGGAAUUUUGAAAGUCCUUCACCUGCAACGUCCUUUGCAAUUGCUGGUGACACCAAAGAUAUACUUGUUGCAGUAUUUGGCCACGUGAUAAGAAUGUGGAACCUACGUACUGGUCACGUGAUCAAUGAGAUCGAAAAUGAAGUCUACAUUAAUAGGAUUGCUGGCUGGAAAAAAUACAUUGCAUAUGCCAGUACAAAUGACAAGUUUGUGAAAGUUUAUGAAAUAUUUACUGAUUUGUUGGUUCAUCACAUUGAUAUGUAUGAGAAAGCGUCACCUGAUAAAGUGGCUGAAGUUUUUCUAGCUCCGUUAGGCGAUGGUCUUGUUCUAGCUACAUCACAUCAAUCACAUGACCUUCGUGUUUUCCGUUUGUCAAAUGGUGAAUGGCUUCGUAACAUUGGAGGUGACAUUGUAAAUCCUCGAUUAUCCUCAGACGGUCAUUUCGUGCUUUCUACAAACAGUCGCAACGAUAUUAGUGUAUGGAGUCUUGAGACAGGCGUGAAGCUAACGAAUGUCUUCCGGCAUCCUCCGACAAGUAUCAUUACCGAUAUAAUUGCUAACGAUCUAACCGUCCUCGUGACAUUGUCGGACAACGAGAUAUUACGAGUAUGGGAUCUGGAAAAGGAAGAGACAAUUCAGCAAGGUUUGCUUCAGGAGAACAAAGACAACUGUAUAAGAAAUAUAACGUUUGUUAAAAGUCGCGGUGAACAAAGACAGGCAGUAAGUCGAUCGAAAGUUUCAGGAGAUAUUGUCGUAUGGAAUGUUUCUAAUUGUACCCAGGUGAGAACAUUGAAAGGAACACAAGCCGAUGACGUUCUUGUUGUCGAUGAAACAAGAGCAGUUCUCAGAAGUAUGGGUAAACUUGCAUUGAUUGAUUUAGAAGAAGGACGAUUGAUUAAAAAACUUCGCGUCUCAUUUCCAAACAUGAACAGUCGAAAUCGGUUAGAAAGACGAGCGAGUUCUCUUUAUAAACGAAGAAAUCUUUCUCUUCGUCUCCUACAACGAUCAGGCGUGAACAUAAAACCUCGCUGUGGACAGUUCAGUGAUGUUGCAAUCGUUGGUCAAGAAUACGUUUUGAUGCUUUCCAGUAAGCGAGAUGUCGUAAAUUUGAUCUCUUUAGACCACGGAGGAUUGGUUGCUCAGCUGAAGAGUGGCCACAAGGAAUGCAUUGAGACUGUUAUUGUGAGUAAGAAUGGCAAAACUCUCGUCUGUUCUUACAAGAAUAGCGCAGCAGCAGUGUGGGACCUGGACACGAAACGUUUGAUUGGUUGGCUUCGUGUAGAGAAUUGUUUUCCUAAACUGUGUCAAGCAACUAUUACACAAGAUGGACGAUAUCUUGUGGAUGAAGUGAAGAUAAAUGAUUGUACACAUUUAGUUGUUUGGGACGUCAAUAUUUCUGAAGUACAAUGUAAAAUUCCCAUCAAAGGAGCUAAAAUUCAUGCCGUUACUGCAUCCUCGAUCAGUGGUAUCAUUAUUUGUUCAUUCAAAAAGGAAUAUCGCAAUACAGUUAUGAGCUAUCUUUUGCGAUCAGGAGCACCUCUUUUCCCGUUGCCUUGUGGCAUACGACAUCAGAUAAACGGCAUUCAGAUGAGCGCCGACGGACGACGAGCAAUGACGUUUGCUUCCGGAGAUCGCACAAUAAGAUUGUGGGAUACUUCACGAGGAAUACAGAUAGGAUCAUUUACCGCUGACCAUGCUGUGUCGGACUGCGCCUUGUCCGAAGAUGGCAACAACAUCGUAUUGGCCAUCAGUCAAGCUUCUUCAAUAACAAGUCUUACUUUCAUGGGUCAUAAACAAGAUAAAGAAGUCAGUAUUGAUUUGAAAAAUCCUUAUUACAAUCCUAAGAACUACGGUGCAGUAUUUGAAUUCCUACAUAUUCUUGAUUGGGAUGAUGAUACAGAUAACAUGGACAAUACUCUAGCUGAGAAAAAAUGAACCACAUUUUAAAUGAAGUUCAUCCAUAAAAUAUAAAUAUUUCUUCCCCAAAGGAAGACGAUAUACGUAUUUAAUCAUACAAAUGUUUCAUAAGAAUGUUUAGACAGUGACAAAUUACGGAAUUUCAAGUAUAAUUUUUGACAAUUAAAAUUUAUAAAUAUAUUAAUUGAAGAUAAUGAGUAUGAAAUCAUCAAAUUAAUAAAUUUGUUUUAACUUCCUUUGA